GACUUUUACUCUGAAACGUAACUUGACGUUGGUCACGUGACGCGUUAUGUUCAUUCCAUCCCCGUAUUCCUGUCCCUCAUUUGACACCCAAGUUAAUCGGAGAGAAAAUCACAAUGACAGCCGCGAUCUUUAAAGCAAAACAAGCCCUUGGCUUGUGUCUUAGAGGCUCUAGAGCUCUGUCCCAGCUAGCAGAGCUACCAGAGAUGCACCAGAUGAUGCGGCAGACUUGCAGGGACUAUGCAGCCAAGGAGCUGGCUCCCAUCGCAGCCACGUUGGAUAAGAAUCACACUUACCCCGCAAAGCAGAUCCUGGAGCUGGGAGCCUUGGGGGUGAUGGCUGUGGAGGUGCCUGAGGAGCUGGGGGGGACAGGCAUGGACUACCUGGCCUACAGCCUGGCCAUGGAGGAAAUCAGCCGGGGCUGUGCCAGCACUGGAGUGGUCGUCUCUGUUAACAAUUCACUCUACAUCGGACCGAUCUUAAAGUAUGGUAACGAAGAACAGAAAAAACAGUGGAUCACUCCCUUCACCACGGGAGAGAAAGUCGGCUGCUUUGCUCUCAGUGAACCAGGGAACGGCAGCGAUGCCGGCGCCGCGUCUACUAUGGCGCACCAGGACGGGGAUGAGUGGGUGCUGAACGGCACCAAGGCCUGGAUCACAAACAGCUGGGAGGCCUCAGCCACCGUGGUGUUUGCCACCACCGACAAGGCGCUCAAACACAAGGGUAUCAGUGCCUUCCUGGUGCCCAUGCCUCACCCGGGGCUGUCCCUGGGGAAGAAGGAGGAGAAGCUGGGGAUCAGAGCCUCCUCCACGGCCAACAUCAUCCUGGAGGACUGCAGGAUCCCCCUAGGAAACCUGCUGGGCUCCCGCGGAGCAGGGUUCAAAAUAGCCAUGCAAACCCUAGACAGUGGGCGGAUUGGCAUCGCCUCCCAGGCUCUUGGCAUUGCUCAGGCCGCUUUGGACUGUGCCGCCGACUACGCACACAAACGCACAGCCUUCGGAGCGCCCAUCGGCAAGAUGCAGGCCAUACAGUUUAAGCUGGCUGACAUGGCAUUAGCGAUCGAGGGUGCUCGUCUGCUCACGUGGAAGGCUGCCCUCUUAAAAGACGCCAAGAAACCCUUCACAAAGGAGGCCGCCAUGGCUAAGCUAGCAGCUUCCGAAGCUGCCACUUUCAGUGCACAUCAGUCGAUCCAAAUUCUCGGUGGGAUGGGUUUCGUGACGGACAUGCCGGCGGAGAGACACUACCGGGACGCACGCAUCACGGAGAUCUACGAGGGCACAAGUGAAAUUCAGAGACUGGUGAUCGCCAACCAGGUGCUAAAGGAGUACCAGCCAUAGACACCACUACCUCUACUCGGAAAUAUAAAAGACGAAGGACUUUUAUACUGAAAAUUAACAAGGGUAUAAUCUUUUAAGGACUAGAUGUCAUCAUGUCACAGCCUUUACCUGCCUACAUUACCUUAAACAUCAUGCGAGCAGAUUCGAGGCAUCAGGUCUCUGUGGGUCUUUUUGCGAAUCACAAUAAUUUAUUGCCAAACUCGUGCUUCUAUGGAUCAAGGGUUGUCGCCUUUCAUUUUUGUUUUUCUCAUCUGUAACCAACUUUAAAUUGUUCAAAUCUGUGUACUAUAAGAUGUUUGUUUUAAUUUGAUCAGGCGUUUCUGUAAAACAAAUCAUAAAGGUAAUGUACUUGAGAAGGCUCGCCACAAGGUGGCAGUGAUUAGCUAAACGUGUUGAUGCUCCCCAUAGCUCCGAUUGGUACAAAUGAAUUACAAGCCGAAGUACUGUAGUCCUUGUAGAUGCUUCUGAAUUUUCACUCUUCAGAUGACUGCUUUUGUCCCAAAUGAAUUGUUGAUCAAAUUGUACAUUUUGUAUGGUUUACAGAUUGACGGGUAGUAUAUGUAUCACAGUGUGAUUACCUCAAACAAUAGAUGAAUGAGGACAUGGUUGAUCAUAUAUCCUUCAAUUUUUGGUAUAAAAAAACAAAUACCUCAAUAACUAUCACCACGGGUGCCCAGUGUGUUUUUAUAACAGCUGUUUAGAAUUAAACGCAUGCCACCUGGUGGAGCCUUUGAGCCACAGUGUUGUAAAUGGGAAUUCCUUGAGCCUGUAGAACGAAUGCCAGGAUACCAGUAGACCUAUACAGUACUGUACUAGGAGGAUAAUACGUUCCUGUUCCGUUUGUGGACAACGGUCUCAGGUUGGCUCAGUACCGACUCAGGAGGCAGCCUAGUGUAUCUGCAAGGGUGUUUGAACCCAGGCUGAAAGGUUCUAGGUUCCAUCCCCAGUGCCCACAGCCUACCUGUAGGAAUCAUGUUAUUACCAGCCCCCAUUCAACCACCAGGUGUGACGGGGUGUGUCCACCCAGAUGUUUGAUGGAUGGAUCAGCCCAACUGUUGGUUCCCUGUAGGUUGCUCUGUUUAUCAUACAUUAGAUACUGUCACUAUAGGAGGGUUUCAGUCAUGUGAUCUGAAGGACGCCACCUUAGGACUUCAGGUGUCAUUCAGAGUAUAAUAAUAGUGAAAAUGAUGGCAACUUGGAAUGUGUGUGACAUCAUGGGAAACCCUACUACAGGGUAGAAGUGUCUUGUAAUAGACAUGCAUAAUCACACCUGGUUGCAGGGGCUCUAAAACUGAAUAGAACAGAAUACUGAUAUCAGGAGUACACAUUAAGCACACAAUAAUAGACACAAUCUCUUUCUAUUAUUUUGCACAUCCCAAGCACAAUAACAGUGGGCUUAUUGUAAUAUUAAUGUCUUUGUUAUUGUGUUUUCACAUGGGGGGUACUUUGACGAUAUAGACGGUGCUUCCUGUCUGAUAAGUAAUUCACUAAUCAUACCGUUUCUCCUAGACACCGCAGUGUCUCGAACCCAACACAACCCUCGACA